CUCGCAUCGACAGGUUAAUCUCACCAUAUUGCCUUUACCGACCAGAGGAAACGCAGCGUUGUUUUUCGAUAUUGUCCAAACAAACCUUUGUCUUUUUAAAAAAAUCUUAAUUUCGUUGAGUCUCGGAGUGAAUCAUGAAGGCUGUUUUGGGAGUCGCGUUGAUCUGUGCCUUAUACUUCAGCGCUGAAGCCACUGAAGCCAUGCCCAAGGUUCAGAUCUACAGUCGUAACGUUGGCGAGCUGGGCAAGCCCAACACCCUGAUCUGCCAUGUGAGCGGCUUCCACCCUCCCAACAUCAAGCUGCAGCUGCUGAAGAACGAGGUGGAGAUUGAGGGAGCCCAGCAGAGCGACCUGGCCUUCCACCAGGGCUGGCACUUCCACCUGACCAAGAGCGUGGCCUUCACCCCCAAGGAGGGAGAGCACUACUCCUGUAAAGUGGAGCACAGCACCCUGAGGGAAGCCACACGCUUCACCUGGACUCCAGACAUGUAAAAGACACGAGAGUCUUCGGUAAACCCUCAGAGGAGCUGAGCGGAACCGGACGUCUUCUACCCAAUCAUCGCACUCGCAUAAUCAAUAAUCCAUAUAUCGCAUAACAUUCUGAGAAUCUCGAUCCAUAGCUACCGUUAAAUUCCUUAAGUGCAUUGAUAAAAUCAUCACGCUGUCUUUUUUUUUUUUGGUUGUUUGUCCGUUUGCUGCUUGGAAAGUUGAUUGUCAUGCUUCAGUCGAUUUUGUCUUUGAAAUGGGGGAGGGGGGGGGGGUCAAACUCCAGCCCCCCAGGGCUGCAGCCUCUCCUGGCAUUCAUUCCAACUCAAGCACUUGAUUCGAGAUUCGACACGACCUGUGAAACGUUUUGAGGGCUGGAAACAAGUGUUAAAUCUGUCCCCAAUUACUAAUCAGAUAAUUAGACUAGUUAAGUAAUUGAGGGGGGGAGGGGGAGGGGAGGGGGGAGGGGUGAAGCCAGAAGACUCUGCAGCCCUUUGAGGCCCCCUGGGCCGUCUUCAGUGCAUUGCAACUAAAAUGAAACGCAUGCAAGCGGACGAAUAUUUCAGCUAGUGCCUUCUUCAGCGUUCAGACCGAAAAAUUACAAUUUGAGUAACCCAUCAAGGCUGUUAAAAAAAAUAAUGAUGAUAAUAAUAAUAAUUACAGGGCUGGGAAUCAGACUCCUUGUUCCACAGCAGUGUGAUCCAUUCCAGGUUUUACUACCAGCUUGAUCAGCCCACAGUGUGUCUAGCUAACAAGCUCAGGUGUGUCUGAUUAUUAAACUCCUAGAGAAACCAGGACUGGAUCACACUGCUGUCUGCGCCUAACCAGUAUCAACGAAGAUGCAUAAUCGCAGUAAUAAAAUUUGAACUUGGAAUAAUAAAACAAAAAAUGAUUUGAACUUUUCCAUCAGUUUUAAAACGCUGUUUAAAAAAAAAAACGCUCUUUGCUUAAUUGCAUAAACUAGUCAAUAGAAUAAUUUUUCCAGCUAGUAUGAUAUUAUAACUGCGUGAUAAGUGUUUUGUGUGUGUGUUUCUCUUUUUUUUUAAUAAAUAUAUCUUGAUAUUAAUAAAGUUUUACUGCUUAAUUUAGAUGCGCUGAUGUAUGUUUUAGUAGAUCUAAAAAAAAAAAUACUGUUUUAAAUACCAAUUUGGGGUUAUGUUAGAGAGUUAUUUUCCUCUCUGAAACGGAUCAUAAUGUCUGAAUUGUUUUUCACAACCAAAAAAAAUAAAAUAAAGACUAUUUCAAACUUGAUGUUGCAGCUUUUAACUGUCGAGAGGAUAAUCUUGGGUUUCAAUUUUUGUCACAUCUUUGUAAAAUGACUUAGACAGACUGUUGCUGAAAUUAAUAACACACCCUUUUGAGUUGAAACUUACCUUUUAAGCUAAACUUUGAACCAGCUAAUAUAUAUAUAGCUAUAUACCAAAGACAUUGUUUAGAAAUUGGGAUGAUAAGUCUUCAAGUUGUCUUGCCUUUUUGGACUAGCGUGGUGGUUUAUACACCUUUAAAUCACCUUGGAUAAAGGCAUCUGCCAGAUAAAUUAAUAAUAAUAAUAAUAAUAAUAGUAAUAAUAAUAAUAAUAAUAAUGAUAAUAAUAAUAAUAAUAAUAAUAAUAAUAAUAAUCAGAACUAUCCUGUUGCGCUUGGGGGGGGGGGGGGGGGGGGGGUAGUCAAGUUUAGCCAAGUUCUGACUGUCCCAACAAUGGUUAAUUCCAGCAUAAGUCUUUAUAUAUAUAUAUAGCAGCGAUGUUUAAUGUAUAUUCUGCCCAGGCAAUGUUUUGAGUCUGGUUAAGUACACUGUUAAUUAAAAGACUGUUCUGUGACUUUCUCUUUGGGUUUAAAUUGCUUUGUAGUGAAAAUACCUGCCAAUAAAAACGACUCUGUUGAGUAAAUA